GGUUUCCGGCCCUGUUCUGGAGGCUCUGAGCGCUUUGAUUCCUGGAGACGAGCUGGGCACGUGGAGAGGCUGGUGGACCGCGCGACCUCGCUCUCCCCAGCCCCAUGUUCGAGGAGCCGGAGUGGGCCGAGGAGGCCCCAGUAGUCGCGGACCUCGGGUCUGUAACCUUACGGCCUCGGACCACGGCCGACUCGCAAAUCAAGGGCUCCAAGCACCGCCAGCUCUUGGCCACAUUACGGGCCUUGGAGGCAGCAUCUCUUCCCCAGCAGCCCCCCAGUCUGCCUGGAAGUGACGAGGAGGACGAGGAGGAGGUGGUGGAAAGAAAGAAGAAACGCCCAAAAAAGGUCUUGUUUGCCAGCGCUUCUCCUGAAGUAGAGAAGAAAAGGAAGAAGAAACGUCAAAAACAGGGCCCACCUAGCAGUGACUCCAAGGAAGAGGAAGUGGAAAGGAAGCAGUGCCACAAAGGGGCUCUUCUUGGCAAUGUCUUGGCUGAAGAAGAGAAAAGAAAGAGGAAAUGCCAGAAACAGGACCCUUCAAAUCCUGCCCAGCCGCUGGACAAUGUUGACCAAACUGGUUCCAAAGCUUGGAAUUCUAGUGCUGCAAAUGACUCCACCAAGCCAAGCCCUGAGACCCCUUGCUCUAACCCUCCGCAUACCUUGAGUCGCAAGCAGUGGCGGAACCGGCAGAAGAACAAGCGUAGACAGAAGAACAAGUUUCGGCUUCCUCAGCCACCAGAGCAGGCCCCAGCCACAGCCGCCGCAGAGGAGACAGAGGUGCCUCCUGCCCCCAGUCCACACAGCCAUGGAGCCCGGGCGGGGGCUCUGCGAGCCCGCAUGGCCCAGCGGCUGGAUGGUGCCCGGUUCCGCUACCUCAAUGAACAGCUGUACUCAGGGCCCAGCAGUGCUGCGCAGCGCCUCUUCCAGGAAGACCCUGAGGCCUUUCUCCUCUACCACCGUGGCUUCCAGAGCCAAGUCAAGAAGUGGCCACUGCAGCCAGUGGACCGCAUUGCCAGGGAUCUUCACCAGCGGCCUGCGUCCUUGGUGGUGGCUGACUUUGGCUGUGGGGACUGCCGCCUGGCUUCAAGUAUCCGGAACCCUGUGCACUGCUUCGACUUGGCCUCUCUGGACCCCCGGGUCACUGUGUGUGACAUGGCCCAGGUGCCUCUGGAGGAUGAAUCUGUAGAUGUGGCUGUGUUCUGCCUUUCACUGAUGGGAACCAACAUCAGAGACUUCCUAGAGGAGGCAAAUCGAGUGCUGAAGCCAGGGGGUCUCCUGAAAGUGGCUGAGGUCAGCAGCCGCUUUGAAGAUGUUCGGACCUUUCUGGGUGCUGUCACCAAACUGGGCUUCAAGGUCAUCUCCAAGGACCUGACCAACAGCCACUUUUUCUUGUUUGACUUUCAAAAGACUGGGCCUCCUCGGGUUGGGCCCAAGGCUCAACUCUCAGGCCUGAAGCUCCAGCCUUGUCUCUACAAGCGCAGGUGACCCCUGGACCCCCCUUGAAAGGGGAGGCAAGUCUUGAACUCCAGGCUCAGUACUCUGAAGAUUGUAUCCAGCCAGGCUGUGACCCGGGGCCUGUUACCACCCUUACUCCAUCCCAAGAACAAAAUGAGAGGGAAGCGUCAGCUGGUCUUGAGUCCUGUCCGGUAGGACCAUUUGAAGAGGCAAGGAGACCUCAGCACAAAGAAGCUAGGAGUG